AUGGAUGCGAGCAUUAAUGGACGAGCAAACGAAGUUGAAGUUCCUUUAGCAUUGGAUCAUUCCUGGGAGACUCAACAUUUUAUAGGUAUGUUUAAUAUAAUUCAUGAGGAAAUUAGUAUAACAUAUUGCUUUAUUUUUGUCACAUGCUGAUACUGGACACCUACCGAUCAGGAGCAAAAAUUAUUGAGACAACCGCAUAAAUGCCCCCCCCCCUCACCCCCAAUUCAAUGUUGUGUGAAUGACUGAAAAGAGAAAAUUCAACCCACUUUUUCCAACAUUGAUCAUGGUGGCAGGGAGGAGGGGAGGCCGACGUACUUUAAAAUGGCCAAAAAUGUGAAAAGUCUAAUUAUUUUUGCACAUAUAUAUAUAUAUAUAUAUAUAUAUAUAUAUAUAUAUAUAUAUAUAUAUAUAUAUAUAUAUAUAUAUAUAUAUAUAUAUAUAUAUAUAUAUAUAUAUACAUAUAUAUAUAGUGGAAACUCGUGCGCCAGAAAGAUGUCCCAUCUUUUGCUAGCAGGUUAUGAAGAUGUCCCAUCUUUUCUUAACCAGUGGAAGCUUAAAAAAGUCCUAUAUUAUAAAAAGUCCUUAAAAAAGUCCUAUAAAGUCCUAUCACGCUAAGUUAUAGAGUAAAGCGGUGCAUGGAGCUAUAGGGCUAUAGUUUUUUGAAUAAUAUCUAGAAUACUUUUAGUGAAAACUCUUGUGUCAGAAAGAUGUCCCAUCUUUUGCUGACAGAUUAUGAAGAUGCCCCAUCUUUUCUUAACCAGUGGAAGCUUAAAAGGAGUCUUAUAUUAUUCUUUACAUCACGCUAAGUUAGGGUAUAAGCGGUGCAGCUAUAGUGCUAUAGUUUUUUUAAUAAUAUCUAGAAUACUUUUAGUGAAAACUCUUGUGACAGAAAGAUGUCCCAUCUUUUGCGGACAGGUUAUGAAGAUGUCCCAUCUUUUCUUAACCAGUGGAAGCUUAAAAGGAGUCUUAUAUUAUUCUUUACAUCACGCUAAGUUAGGGUAUAAGCGGUGCAGCUAUAGUGCUAUAGAUUUUUAAUAAUAUCUAGAAUACUUUUAGUGAAAACUCUUGUGACAGAAAGAUGUCCCAUCUUUUGCUGACAGGUUAUGAAGAUGUCCCAUCUUUUCUUAACCAGUGGAAGCUUAAAAGGAGUCUUAUAUUAUUCUUUACAUCACGCUAAGUUAGGGUGUAAGCGGUGCAGCUAAUGCUAUAUUUUUUUUUAAUAAUAUCUAGAAUACUUUUAGUGAAAACUCUUGUGUCUGAAAGAUGUCCCAUCUUUUGCUGAUAGGUUAUGAAGAUGUCCCAUCUUUUCUUAACCAGUGGAAGCUUAAAAGGAGUCUUAUAUUAUUUAUUACCCGACAACGCAGGCGCGGGCGUAAAUUCCGUAAAAUAGCUAAGACAAUGGUGUCAAUGCAGCUAUUGUUUUUUGAAUAAUAUGUUGAUAUAUAUCUUGGUGAAAACGGUAAAAACAUUUGUUCCAGAUUCAUUUGCGCACUAGGGCCUUGGAAAAGACGGUAUAAGUGUAUAAGCCAUUGAAGCCGCCGCACUUUUUAUACUGCCAAGAUCUAUAAAGACGGCAAAUAGGUUUCGACGUUUCGAUAUGGAAUUAUCAUGCCAUACUUUGGACGUAAACAAAAUCUAGGUUGAAUAUUAUUCACGCUAUUCGAUCUCUAAGAUAUCAAGAACGUUUUGUUUUACAACUCGUGCUCGAGUAUUAUUACACGCAGCCUUAUUUCACAUUAUACGCUAUAGUAUAGCCUGACCAUAGGUGACUUGUCAACAGUCAGCAUCGUAAAUAUCAUCCUGACAUAUUUGUACACUUUUAUUUUAAUGCAUAACAGAAAAUUAACUUAUUACUUGCUUGGUUUCACACUGCGUUUAAGCAACUGAACCUGGAUUGAUGACAUCUUAUAGCGGUAAUUAAUAAUGCGAUUAGCCUUGCUCGUUUCCUGAAGUUGCAAACUCAGUUUGCAGAUCCCGCUGUUUUUCAAAACGUGCGGGUCGUCAUGAUCAGGAGCAAAAAGUAUUGAGACAACCGCAUAAAUGCCCCCCCCCCUCACCCCCAAUUCAAUGUUGUGUGAAUGACUGAAAAGAGAAAAUUCAACCCACUUUUUCCAACAUUGAUCAUGGUGGCAGGGAGGAGGGGAGGCCGACGUACUUUAAAAUGGCCAAAAAUGUGAAAAGUGCAAUUAUUUUUGCACGCGAUUGUAGUGAUGAACAAGGUCGUAAAUCCUGGUGGGACGGGGCGAUCCCCCUCCACCCCGUUCCCACUUUCUCGACAUUCGUAAAAAUCCACAAUAAGUUACGUCUGUUGGCCUCCUCCGCACCACCCACUUUUUGGAAGUGGAUUUCCGCCCUUGCUAGUGAAGUGUAUUGACUUUGUAUCCAUUCCUCAUUUUCAGUGAAUUUGAUAUUAAUAGUACAAGACAAUAAGGCCGAACACGUAUACAUGAGCCUUUAGUAUUCAGUAGAAAGUGAAUUAUUAUAUGCAAUUUUAGCUCAAUAAGGAUAAAAGAGUACAAGCUAUGGUAAAUUGAUCCUUUCUAUUUAGUAAUAAUAAUAUAAUAUUAUUUCUUAACCGCGAUCAUUGCUUAUAAAAAUUACCAACGAGAACCUAUAUACUUGCUUGAUCUCUGAUCCUUUUUAUAAUAAAUCUUGUGUAGUAAAACACAAGAUUUAUUAUAUCGAGCUUUAUUGAUCUAAUGGCUAGAAGUAUUGUACGAAGCGCGACUAUCAAUAUUUCUAUCAGAGUAAUCAGAUAUAUAAACCGCUCCCACCUCAGCAUUUGGAGAUUUUGCAAACUGCAUGGCGUUUGCGCUAAUAGUCAACUAAAACCCAAGAUACCAAACAUAGACGACGAAAUACUCAUAUUAAAUUUUAAAGCGAAUUCGUGUCACUAUACUGUCAUUUUAUAUUUGCUUACGAUAUCGCAAUAUUUCACAGCAAACAUGUAAUUAGCUAUGUGUAUUGUAGAUGGAAAUUUGUAUUCAUUUAUUAGACCUAACCAGGAACAGCUGUGAAAAAUGCAACUUUAAUUAGGUCCCUGGCAGGAAUUGAAUAUUCGGCCCUGCGAUUCCCGCGGUGCAACGCUCUACCCAACUGAGCUAUACAGAGGCCAGUUGUCGAGCUUUAACCACAAUAGUUCAUGUACAUAUACUAGGGUACUGCCACGUGUAGGUUAUGGGUAUGAACUUGUAGUUAGAGCUCGGCAACUGGCUCUGUAUAGAUCAAAAUCUACUGAUCUGUGCUAAGUUAAAACAGUGCACAAACUGGCCACGGGUAAUACGGCCAAGUACUAGUUCAGUGUAAUAUUCCUCAAAUAUGCAUGACGAUAGUAACUUCGACUGAGUCAAUUUUCCUGAUGAUUUUGGUUGGAAGUUUCAGUGGCAAAACUUUCAGUUGAAACAUUUAGUGGAAAAAAAAAAUAGCUGUAAAACUCUUUGGGUGUGCGGCCAUCUUCUUUGGAUCCACUAUAUAUGGAUCCACUAUACAUACUACUACUCUUUUUAAUUCGAUACGAUACUUCCUCGAUAUUUUCCAUAUGUUUUCGAUAUCGAUACCGAUAUCGAUAUUUUCCCAACUCGAACAACCAUAACAACAAAACUGAAGACUAUUUUUAAUCAUUGAUAUAAUGAUAACGGCAACAACGCUAAGUAAACAAUAUAAACAUUAAAUAAUAUGUGUCAGUGAUUGCAACCAACAUAACCAGAAACUCCGAUCCUGCCCGUGGACCAUUAUAGCACCACAUAAAAUGAACUACUUAGUAUUUACGCCUAUUUAGGCUUUUUGGUAUCGUUUUCAUGAUGACGCCGCUGACCAAAAUGAAAUAUAUCGCAGGCUCAGAAGUAUCGAAACAAUCGAUCGAUAUCUGUUGCCAUUUCACUAGUAUCGAGUAUUUGGUAUCGGUAUCGGCCCAUCCCUAAUUAAUAUGUUCCCUUAAUAGUAGCGGUAGUAUAGUAGUGAAAAUGAAAUCUAAACCUCACUAAUAAUAGACAACUUGCAUGUUAGACUAAUUUUUGAUUUAGGCAAAAAAGUAAAUUCCCGUAAAGAACUUAUUAAAAUCAGUAAAAUUGCAAAAUUUGGUUACGAAAUGUUGUAAAAUACAGAAAAUAUAGCCUUGUGAAGUUUGCAUAUUUUCAGUAUGUUUGUAUUACGUGCGGAAAUUGUUACCAUUUUUGAGCCGAAAAUGGUAACAAUUUCCUCACGUAAUACAAAUAUACUGAAAAUAUGCAAACUUCGCAAGGCUAUAUUUUCUGCAUUUUACAACAUUUUGCAACCAAAUUUUGCAAUUUUACUUAUUUUGAUUAUGUUCUUUUUAGCUGUGGUGUUUUAUUCCCUUCUCUCUACUUAGAUUAAAAUUUAGUCUAACAUGCAAGUUGUCCAUUAAUCCGACAUAUAUUUUAUUUUGUAAAGGUAAUUCUGUUUUCCUUCCCGUACGCCUAUAUGCGUACCCUGCAUGGUUCCAGGGGUUCUUGUGCCGCCGUAUUAUAAAUUACGAAUAAAAACUUUCUCAAUUUUAAGUUCUUUGAAUACCUGCUGAAACUUUCCUUUUUUGGCACCAAUGCCUAUUGCAUAUUGUUAUUGUAAAAAAAGUAAAAUAACAACAUGCAAAUUAGGUAAAUGCAUGAAUUAAGUAUGCGUGAUAGACAUUGAUGACAAAAAUAAUUAAAGUUUCAGCAACAAUUUAAAGGACUGAAAACUGAGUAAAUUUUCUGAUAUUUGGACCAUUGAUAAAACACAUAACAACUUGCUCGCCCAUGAACUCAAAAUGCGUUUUAAACUUUUAAAUUUCACGCGCAAACUAUUUUUAAUGCUGCUAAAAAGACACCUGCUCUGCAAAGUUUAUCUUUAAGGAAAUAUUUUAUUCAUUCUAUUCCCAAACAAUCUAUAUUUAUCAAAAAUAUUCAUGAAAUGAACGGAUUUGUGAAAUUGAGAGCCGUUUCAAAAUUGUCCACUUUUUUAUACAUCCUGUAUAUAUAAUCACCAAUCUAUAGUAGGCCUAUCAGAAUUUUGCGACACUUUCAAACCAGUCUCAAAGCUCAGAGCUUAUUAAUGUUAUUAUAUGUUCAGUAUUUUGCAGUUAUAUUGGCGGGCAAAUAAAAAUUACGUUUAUUGUUUUUCAAUAGAAAUGAAUGGCAACCUUGAACUAGAAGAAGAAUCGAAUCAUGAUUUAGUUUCGCGUCUUGAAAAACCACUCCGUGUGAAAAGGGAAGAUUUAUCUUCACUAAAUGACAAUGGCAAUGGUAGGAAAAUGGUCAAUUUAUAAUAAUAACUAAGAAUAUUGAUGUUAAAUUAUAUAUUUAUUUGAAUUAGUUACUAUUGUAACUAUUAAGCAAACUAGCUGUAAGUAAACGUUGACUCAUGCAGAGUAUGAUAUAUCAGUAAAGUCGGUGAUUUAUAUUUCAAAACGCGUAUAUAUAUAUUUCAAAAUGCACUGAUGUACAUUAAUAACUAUAACAAUUCUACAAUGAGCUCAAGCCAUACAUGAGUUGGUAACGAAAUAUCAAAUUAUUCCAGUACAUUUAGAAAAAAAUAGACAAUAGUAUUUUAGAAAAUGGAAAAUGUACUCUCGCUUUAGCAAGUGUUAAUUAGAACGUGUUUUUAUGGUUCGCUUUAUGUCGAAUGUGACGAAUAACGAACGCUUGUUGUUUUAGAAACAACAGCAAAACUCAUUACCCACUUCAUUUCCCACGCCAUUUUAACUUAUCUGAAUAUAGUAAAUGUCCAUUUUAUAGCAGGUUUUUCACUUUUUAGGUGACAGCAAAUGCACCCGAAAGGUUGAUCUUGGGUUUCUUUUAGACAGUUCUGGCAGUGUUGGAGCAAUUAAUUUCGAUAAAAUGAAAUCGUUUGUAAAAAAUUAUACCGGCUAUUUCAAGAUUUCACCAAACUACACAAGAGUGUCUGUGAUAAAAUAUCAAUCAGGGAUACAGGUCCAAUUUCUGUUUUCGAAACUAUUUGUUUCGCAACAAGACUUAAAUUCAGCAAUAGAUAACAUUCUCUAUGCUGGAGGUGGCACUAAUACAGGUGGAGCAUUGUCCAAGGCGUAUACAGAUAUGUUCAAUGUCAGUUAUGGUGCCCGAUCCUCAGGUUGGUUAAAACUGUAUGCUAAUUAUUUUUCCCGUCGAUAUUUUUUUAAAGUCUUUUCUCCAUCAAUUCUUUUCGAUAGUUCUUUUGGCUUUUCUUUCAUAAUUUCUUUCUUGUUUUUCUCUCUGUUUUAAACUUAAAUUUUACCGGUGCAUGAGACAAGCAUCUGACUCAUUUAGAGAACAUUAUGAUAGGUUAUUUAAACGAGCUAUAUAUAUAGAUCACGUCUGUAUCUACCUGCAAGAACAUUCCGCUUCUUGGCCAACAAUUUCCGGUUUAGCGUUAGCAAGAAAAAAUAUUUAAAUAGGCUUUGACAGCAUUUUUUGACUAUCAAUUUUUGACGAUCCGAGUUUUGACGAUCAAUCUUUUGUAUUCCCUUUUUAACGGCAGUAAUAAUUAAUUCAUUUAUCGACAUGUUUUUCGUUGAAAACACACAAAAAACACUUUUCGUGGAAGGGUAUCACAACAUUUGCCCAAGUGCUUGUUGCCCAUUUGGAGAAAGGUAUAAUAUUGCGAGUUCUGUCUGAAAACUUCCAAUUCUGUAAAAUGUCUUAACCACUCAAUUUCGAUGCAAAAUUGCGAGUUUUUGGCUAUUUUUGAUCGCAGAGGUAGCAUUCGAGAGCUAAAAGCCUGAUCUUUUAUUGGUAUGAACGUAAUGUAUAAUUCACGAUAACAUGCCAAAGUUGGAUCACCUUUUUUUAUACACCCUGCAUGAUAACAUUGAUGGUGCACAAGUGUUGAUUGGCCGAGAAGCGUGAUUCUACAACUGUAUCGGGAAACACGGGAAAUUUUCGUCUUGCAGCUUUUGUUUUUUAAAACGCAUAGAAACCAAUUUUGACACGCGCUACAAUCAACAAGUGUGAUCAAUACUAAUUUUGGCAAUGAAAUUAAGCAACCACAGAAUAAAAAGCUAAUUAUCAGUUUAACUUAAAUACAGGAUAACUUGCCAAUGAAUAUUUUGUGGGGUGAAAUUCAUGAAAUUCAAAGGGCAAACUCCACUGGAUUUUAUGCUUAUGUAAUACGAAUAUGUAAUUUAAUCGAUAUAGAAAAAUAGAUACUGAAAACAUUUCUUGGGUUGUAUUGUAAAAUAAAUCGAACACAUUUUCCGUGUGUUUCUGAACAGUUAUAGAAACACUUGUGGGAGUUUUGGAGAACGUGAUUGAUGAUUUCCCCUUCUCUCCACGUAUAGAAACAUGGAAAAUGUUUUCUUGUAAUGCAAAUUGCUUAUAAUGGUCAUACCCAUAUGACCAUAUGCAGUUGUGUGCCGAGAGUAUUAAAGGGAAAGUUCGCUCAUACAGUUCGCUCUUCGCUUUUUUAACUUCUAUAAGUUUUUUUUUAAUAUAAAUUGGGCAAUUUAGGAGGCAAGUGGAAAACGCGAAAACAAUGUACAUGUUUUAUGUUUACGACAAAAUACAAAACAAACUUGCUUUAUAUUUCAUCAUUUCCCAUCUUAUAUCUCUUCUUGUCAUUUCUUUAAAGUAAAACCAGUUAGAAAUUCGCUUGUCAACGACUUUUCCAUGUGUUUUCUUUCUUUUCAAUUAUUAAUGAAUGAAGUACGUUGAGUAUGAUAAGAAUUAUCAAGCCCCAGUGGCGUAACACAACCUCCGGAGGCCCCCCUCAAAUUUUUAAGUGGGGGCCCUAUUUUCGAAUCAAAUUCAUUGAAAAAAGGGGUUUAAAAAAAUUUAACAAUUAAAAAAAUAAUCACAAAAAGUUUUCCCCAUCAAUGUCUACUAAAAAAGGAGUCCAAAUUUCACUAAUUCAUGCUUUUCGGGGCCACCCAUUACAAAUUUUCGGGCCUUCUAUAACUGUGGCUCGGCGCAAUUUGCCCAAUGUACUAGCAAAAAUGUUAGGGUCAUUUUUGCCGGGGAACCCCCAGGCUGUCAGGCAUGGGUGCCCCCCCGUCUCUGGACACCCGGACACCCUCCAGUUAUAUCAAACGAAGGCUGAUCGAGGUUGAUAACACAAACUGAGGGCUUGGUAAUUCUUCAUAUCUUGCGAAAACCGAAUUCAAUAGUGGUUUUAUUAUUUAUUUAAAACAUGAAAAAGACAUCCGCUCCUGUGGGUUCAAUUAUUCGAAAUAAUGACCAGUUCUUUUUCCCAUUUUCAGAAAAUCUUUCCUUUUUCUUUCAUAAGCUCUUAACAUGUUUCAAAACCUUUCGCGGCUGUUUUCCCUGAUAUUUCGUCUUUGUAUUUAAAAAGCGUUUUCUUUAAACCUGAAAAUGGCGCCACAUUGUUUAGGUCGUGUUUCCACAUUUUAAAUUUGUGUUUCCACAGAGUGGCCAUUCUUUUCAUAUUCAACGUUAUGGCGUCAGUCCGUUGAAUAUUAUGUCAAAACUUCACAUUUGGUCAGCUAUUGAGUUCAUAUGACGACUUUACAGUGAGCUAUUAGCCAAUCAGAAACCAGGAACCUUUUAAGUAAAUAAUAAUUGUUAAUUAUAAAUAAUAUUUAAUAUUUUGUACGACCUAUUUUGUCCGAUACCGCAAUAGUCAUUCAUUAUACCAUUUCCGUCUCCACUGGCAAAACGCUCUAUUGAAGAAAACAACAUUUCUGCCUUUUGAUAAACAUUCAAUAUGUUUUGCAUUAAUUUUUGCCUAUAUGACAUAUGUUCUGAAUAAAAAUGUGUACAAAACAAAUUGGGGUGACUGCAUGCGUGCUCUUUUUCUAACUACUCAAAUCUGAAUAGGCCUAUUUUACAAUGAAUUGUGUGCGCAUGGUUCAGCAAUGGACUUGUAUUACUAAACUUAUAUUUAUAUUACUAAAACUAACAUAAUUUAAAUUAAUGAAGAAACUCUAAAAUCUAUGAACAUCUCACCUGCUGCAUAUAUAAUACCUAAAUAUACGAAGUUUAAAAAUGUCACACUGUUAUACCAACCUGAUUGCAAUUUAUUAAUGAAUUGUAAAAUGUAUACGUAUUUAUAAUUAUGUCUAAACUUUUUAGAUGCAAUAAAACUCUUAAUACUACUCACUGAUGGCGAAAGCUUUUCUCCGGUCGAUGAACCAGCAGAGCGACUAAAGGACAUUGGUGUUCGUAUAUUCUCUGUUGGAAUUAGUUCCGAUCGAUUGUCAAUCCCACAGUUGAGACAAAUGGCGUCCUCACCAGUCGACGAUCAUCUUUUCUUGUUGAAAGAUUUCACUGACUUUUCAAAUUUGGCAGAGAAUAUGACAUCCACUACAUGCAAAGGUAUGGUAUAA